AAAACUCCCUGCGUAAGGCUUGACUAUCGCGUGCCGGAUUCGCAUUAUCGUUUAACCAAGAGAUAACCGCAUUUAGUUUAUUGCUAAAAACUCAUAAAUAAAAUAUAUUUAAGAAGAGUCGAGAAGAUUGAUACUACUUAUAUAAACACUGCAUUUGCUCUUGGCCUGUUUUAAAAAACAAAAGUUGCCAAAUAAUUCACAGUAGUCCUUCCCACUCCGUAACUUAAAAGACCACAACAAACGAAAAAACUCUUUAGAUAAGUAAAAUAAGUGAUACAACAUCAGAUAGCUAAGAUGCCCGAUACAGAGCAAUUACCCGAAGGCUGGGAGAAGCGCACUAGCCGGUCCACUGGUCUCAGUUAUUACCUCAACAUACAUACAAAGGAAUCGCAGUGGGAUCAGCCCACGGAACCGGCUAAAAAAGCCAGCAGUGGUGGCGGAAACGGUUCCGGUGACGGUUUAGAUGAAGUCCAAUGCCUUCAUUUGCUGGUCAAACACAAAGGCAGCCGUCGUCCAAGCUCAUGGCGUGAAGAGAAUAUCACACGCACCAAGGAGGAGGCACAGAUGCUGCUCGAAGUCUAUCGAAAUAAAAUCAUCAAUGAGGAGGCCACUUUCGAUGAGCUGGCCCGCUCCUAUUCCGAUUGUAGUUCCGCCAAACGUGGUGGUGAUUUGGGCAAAUUUGGAAGAGGUGACAUGCAAGCUGCAUUCGAGAAGGCCGCCUUUGCCCUCAAUGUGGGUCAAAUGUCUGGAAUUGUGGACACCGAUUCUGGUCUGCAUAUUAUCUUGCGCAAAGCAUAAACGCCCAGCAUCUCAAAUUUUUCACCCGAUUUAAAUCAAAUGAGAAAUACGGACUCUCUCUGCCUAAUUAUUUAUUGAUUUAACACAUUGUAAAUUAAUAUUGAAGUCUUAAACUCUUUUUCCGAAUAAAAAAAUCUACUAAAUUUUUUUAAAGUAAA